UAGUCAAAUCUCAGUUUUGGCAAGAACCUAUGGUGGUCUGUCUCAUGACUAGAACAUAUACUGCCUACAUAACAAAGGUACGUUACCAAAAAGGUAAAAAGGCCCCAUUCUCCCAACAUACUGUACUGUACCUCAGGGGUCAUAAUUUAGAGGGGUGCGAAACAGUUUUUUCUUGUGCAGGAUCAGAAUUUCAUUAUUCCAUGUGUGUCCAAAAUUGGAACUUGUCACCCCAGGAUUUUUUGACAACUUCAUUUUUACUAGUACUGAAUAAUACUAGAAAAACUGUUCAACUUCUUUAAAGUAGUAACAACUUCAAAAAUAUUGAUAAUACAUUUUUACUAGCCUGUCUAUAUCAGUUUUUAAUGAGGAUUUUGAAUAUAAUUUUCUCGGAUAUGAAAUUGAUUUUAGUGCUACCAUUCUUUUGUUAUUACAUGACCAAAUUAGUACUAGUAGAGCUACUAUUGGAAAAGUAGUAAGCAAAACAGAUGAAGGAUAGACUGUUCAAAUUUUUGUUAGGGAAUGGACUGUUUUCACAAAAUUGGAUGGAGGACAGACUAUUUCUAGUAGAAUUACUGUACUAGCCUAGUAGUACUACCAGCACUGUUUCAUCACAGCAAAUCUCAAACUACUACAGAGAGGAUUAAAAUCCAAGAAACACUUACUACUUGACUCCGAACUAUAUGAGAGAUGUGCAUGUGAAGUUUGAAAAUCAGAGAGUGAUUAGUGAUUGGAAGUGUUCUGGUGUGGGGGGUCUUUCAGGUGCACUUUUAGCAGUGAUAUGAAGUAAAAAUGAAGCUGUUAAAAAUCCUGGGGUGACAUUUUCCAAUUUCAGACACACAUGGAAUAUGAGUUUUUGAUGCGACGCGCCCCCCUCUAACAAAUUAUGACCCCUGCUGUACCUCACCUGUGUGGUACCAGUUCAUUUGCAAUAAAUUACACCUAGAAUUAAUGAUUUCUGGCUGCUCACUGCUGUAACUUUGGCUGACCAGUUAUAAGCCACUAGAGCAUCAUUUGUUGGCUUCCCAACAAUGACAUGGAUCUUUAAGUAAUUAUAUCAACAACUUGGACUGGGUGCUAUAUCUUGUGGUCUACUGGAGUUCUUUUUUGAUAGAGUUCUGGCCUAUUUCCUGACCAGCAAGUGGUCUCCAGUGGGCAUUUUUGACCUCACCAGCUGAUAAUGGAGAACUGGCUCACCCCUGGGCUCUAGUAAUUGUGAGUGUAAAAACAACAAUUACUACACACAGCAAUCUUCUUACUAACACUACUAUGACCAAGCAUAUCCCCAAAGGAGAGGACAUUACUAGAGGCCUUUCCAGAGCUGUUGUGGUUAGCUUAUUGAACCUUUUUGGGGUCAACAGAGUGACCAAAUACUAGUAGAUCUAUGUAGGAUCUGGUAAUCAAAAGAAAAAUGGGCUUCAAAAUUAACCACAAUUUUACUAGUAGUACUUCUAAUAAUUUUGGCGUUAGUCUCAGUGCUGAUUGCUGUCGUACGCAGCCAGCAGGUGGCUGAUUAUUUAUGUAAUUGACCAGUUGGCUGGAUUUUCAGCGUAAUCGACCAGUUGGCUGGAUUUUCAGCAUGUAAUCACAACGAUACCUAAGAAAGAACAAGAAGAACAAGGAGCUGCUGAUACAAGUUGCUGAUACAAGUUGCUGAUACAAGUUGCUGAUACAAGUUGCUGAUACGAGUUGCUGAUACGAGUUGCUGAUACGAGUUGCUGAUACAAGUUGCUGAUACAAGUUGCCGAUAGGAGUUGCUGAUACGGAGGAAACUUUGAUUUCUACUGUAAUCCUAGUACUAGGAGAAAAUUUUGUUUUCGGAGUUGUAAUCCGAUUCAGCCAAACAACUAGCACUACUGUGGAAAAAAAUAAGGCUCUUUCUCAUGAGAGCACUGAAUUCAAUUUUUGAUUAGAUGUAAUCCAUUUUGCAGGUUUGUAAUCCAUCUAGGUGUGAGAUUUAAGUAGAAAAUUAACUAGUGUUUGUUAGCGUGAGAUUACAUGUAUUCUUUUUGUAAUCCAGCGCGCGUGAUUACAUGCUAAAAUCCAGCAACUGGUCGAUUACGGUUUGCAACCGUACUUAGGCCCCAAAAAACUUAUUCCUGUUUCGAUCGAAACCGACGAUGGCGGUGCUCUAUCUUCCAACGUUCCAACAUCACUCAUAAAAAAUAACAUAACCAUAGGUCUUGAAUAGUGAAUUACAAUAGAUUUUCAUUACGUCAUCAGCCGGUGCAAACACUCGGCGAACAGCCUGUUCACUUUGGUCGUCGCGUGCAUCGCAUUGCUACGCGUCAAGAAGCCUUGCUUGAUGGAUGGACAUCAAACUUCAUUAUUAAAUAUCAUCGGUCUGGAUGUAAUUGGGAUAUACUUCUACAUCUAUUUGAUGCUCUUACCAUGACCCACUCCUUUUGGCUGGAAGAUGAAUUCGAGGUCUCCGCAAAUGGAUUUUUGUUGAUGAAGGAACCGAGAGGAUAUUUACUGGACGAAGAACAACCGGUUUUACUUCACACGACGACCGUUUUGCUUCGAUCACUGUAUCCUUUACUUGAUAUGAACGAGAUAUUCUUGCAUUCUGGGUAUAGAGAAGAGGGGGCAUACAAUGAAUCUCGGAGCAAAAUAGUGCAUGAGAGUGAAGUCUCGUCUGGCAACGAUAAUGUAAUCGUCCCGAUACCGAAGACGGAGGAGAAAAGCCAAAAUGGGGAAACGACCUUGGGAACGAAACAAACAGCGAUUCCUUCAAAAUAUCAAAGCUAUCAAAAAUUGGAGCGGAUAGAAAAUCUAUCGAACCAGAUUCAAUUGGCUUUGCAGGAUAUACGCACCUUCCGACAUCGAACUGAUGGGGGUCGAUCAGAUGAUUCGUUAGAGGAAAGUGUAAGAGUAAGAGCAUUACAAUACCAGCAGCGUCGCCUUCUCCAACUCAACCCAGGGAAACACCCUGAGAGUGUUACCAAGGAAGAGAUACCAAGAAAUGAAAAACGCCUCUCUCGCAAUUCGAUCUGUUAUAGCGUAGAAAGCAAAGGACACGAGGAAGAAUCUAUUGCGUUGACAUUAGCGAGAACAUUGAAUUCAAUUCGUGCUCUGUUUCCUCAUUUGCUACCAAUUCUUAAUCAUCCCAGACGGAACGACAAGAAAUUAGUGAUAGGGAAAACCCGAUACAAAACAAGACGGAACGGACCUAUGUGCUGGUUACUCGGCACAAAGUCAUUUGGAUCGUCUACAAGCAAACAAAGCAUCGCAGCUCAAGAAAACGUGAAGUGGAUUUUGGAAGCAUUCAUUGGCAUUGAGAGAGCUGUUCAACUUUCAAAAGAUCCAAAAGGGGCGCCAUUGUUCUGGCCAAAACUAUGGUUAGAGCAUGUAACAAAACGCAACACACCGAAUAUUUUGUCACCGAUUGAGGUCCUUGCAGCCAAAACUGGGUUUAGUGAAGAAGAUUUUCAGGUUACCGCAGCUCAUUGUGAUGCCAUAAUUAAUGGGCAAGAUCAGCUUGCUUCUGAUGAGAUAUAUGAGCAAUAUCGAAAAGUGGUGAAGAGAAUCCACCAUCGUUUAUCGAAUGUGCUAACGUCAAGGUUUCCAGGGGCUAGAGUGAGUAUGAGCCUAAUUUGUUUAUUGAUGCGAUUCCAAUAUAUUAUUGGCAUCUAACUAUGUUUUCGUGCUGUCAUUCACAGUUGAGUAUCUAUGGGAGUUGCCUAUCAAAUCUUUCCAUCGGUAAAGGAUCUGAUGUUGACAUGUCGUUGUKGAUACCUGAAGCUGAUAAGUUGAAAAGGGGUUUUCAAGACGGGAGCGUUCAUGCCAGGCAGUAUGAACAAUCCAUAAAGAAUCUAGUUUACAAAGUCUUUCGCAAGUUGAACAACCUGAAAGCUGAAUUCAGAAGCAUGACUCCAAUUACUAAAGCCAGGAUUCCAGUCAUUACUGGAACCUACAUCUACGCUCAUAAUCCAUUCACUGAAGAUGGAUCAAUAAAGUGAGUCACGAGAUGCCUUUGGCGAUUCUUUGCUUUCCCUUGUAUUUCUGCAAAUGUCUCACCUACUACGUUCCUCUACACGAAUGUUUCUGAAGCUUUGAUAUUUGCUUCCUAAAUGAUAUAGCUGUGGCAAAUUCAAGUCUCCUCCGUGACUAUUCUUUGGUAGAUCCAAGAGUCAGGCAAUUGAUGAUAGCCGUGAAGCAGUGGGCAAAAGAACACAAGAUAAAUUCAGCAAAAGAUAAAUGUUUAAGUUCUUACGCGUGGAUGAACCUUGUCGUUUUCUAUCUCCAAUGCAUUGGCUUUCUCCCUAACCUGCAGUCGCAUGCCUUGAUGAAAGCUGCAGGUAUUGUGCCU